AUGCGUUUCCAGGGCAGUGGUGGUGCAGACCACUUAGCUCCUUUCUCCCUCCCUCCCUCUCUCUCUCUCUCUCAAUCGAAAUCUCUUUCUCUCUGCUCUGCUUCUCGAGAUGUAUUUUUUAAUGAGGAGGAGGCGAUGUGUGGGAAGCAGUGCAUUUAUAGAGAGAGAGAUGGAGACCGAACCGUAUUUUUUUGUCUGUUCCGUUCGUCACGUGACUGGCCGGUGAAGACGCUUGUUUCUGGCCUUUCUAAAAAAAAUCUCUGGUUCUCAAAACAAGGAAUCUAAUGUUAAGAAGAAGAA